CAGCUGAGGUCAAGUGGAUUUAGAAAUCAGCUGCAGUGAAAAAUCUGCCACGAUGGCUGACGCCGGUGUAAACAUAGCAAAAGUAAACUACGAAAUGGAUGAACAACAAAAUCCAGUGCUGAUUCCAACUCAGAAGAAUGCAUUGGAAGAAAUCGAGUUUCAAGUUUCACAAGUGAUUGGACGAUUGGAAGAGGUGGCUGUGGGGAGGGGUAGACGAACCCCUCCCCCUCCGUCCGUCGAAUUGCCUAAACGCUCACAAGAUGAAAUAUUAGGGCAUAUACAAGAUUUGUUGCAAAAUUAUGAAGAGGAGGCAUUUGAUAGUCCACUUACUCCCCAGACACGAAUAUCAAUGAUUUCACACGCAAUUAUGGUCUACGCAUCCUGCCUUGAACGCACGCAUAUCCAGGAGGUAUCAGCUCGAUUGACGUCUGACACAUCUAGGUGGUUGGCAAACAUUUUCCGUAUGCCGUUGCACGGUGUCUGCUACCAUGAUGAUCAGAUGGAGGGAACGGUGAGGAUAGCACGGGCUUUGCUGCAUGUCAAGUACCCGCGUUUCGCAGAAGAGGGCUACGAAGUGUUGAAGUCGAAGCCACCGGUCAUAUACACCAGUCUGGCUGCACCUCUCAGCGUCAUCCAGCAUAUAUGCAAACAGUUGAGUCUGCCGCUUCACUGUGUGAGGGGAAUUGCGACGAUGACAUUGUUUGGUUCGCAACAGAAAAUGGACGUCGCUGCCUUGGAACGACAAAUAGAAGAGGAUAAGACGGCCGGACGAUUACCGCUGUUAGUACUGGCGGAUGCCGGAACUCCCAUCGCUGGUCAUGUAGAUAACUUGACAAGACUACAAGAAAUUUGUAAAAGUAACGAUGUGUGGUUGCAUCUACGAGGCCAUACCUUAGCAGCCUUAGCAAUGGUCUCUGCCACUGAUUCACCCGCAAAUAUAGCUGAUAGUCUCACAUUGCCAUUGGCUUACUGGUUGUGUGUUCCUGGACUGCCUUCUGUUACUCUCUACAACCUGAAUUGUCAAGUGGGUUCUUCAUUGGGACUCCUCGAAAGCCCAGGCAAGAGGUUGAUUGUUUUACCCGUAUGGUGUGUUCUGCAGGAAUUUGGCAAAGACGGAAUCCAAACUAGAAUGCAGCAGAUGUUUGAAUCAACUGAACUUUUAUGGAGGAGACUUGUUAAAUAUCCUUGCUUAAGGCUACUGAGUCAACCACCAGGAGGAGAGGGUGGUGUGAUAACAUUGGCUGACCUGAUCUCAAAACCAGUAAAUAUAAAUCUGUUGAUGGAAGUGGUAGCUAGUACAGUAGUGUUCCAGUUCAUACCUGAAGGCUGUGUGGACAAAGUACCGGCUUACUACGAUAAACUCAACUCUUGGCUCGGGCAAAUUCUGCAGAGAGAUGCAGCCCAAGUGCCCCUAGAAUUGUGCGAGCUGGAGUCAAGCGGCGUUGUGCUGAGGUAUUGUCCGUUUGAAGUGGGCACCAUCAUCACACAGGCUGACGUCGAAGCAUUCAUCAACUGUCUCGAUCAACAAUUGGAGAUCCUAUCGGCGACGGUUGUUCACAAGGAGACAUUCCAGCAGCUGGUGGCUGCGUCGCCGCAGCUGCGGCUGGUGGAGCUGGCGGGGUGGGCGGGGCUGGGAGGCGUACGCUACCUGCCGCAAGGCUGGGCCGCAGGGCAGGAUGACCAACUGCUCACAGAUCACGCCAAAGAGGAGCUCAACCGGCUCAACCUGCAUCUCGUCGAGAAGCUGCGAGUGUCCGAUGCUGCUUUCUCUGCCGGCGAAGGUGUGGACGGUUUGGCGUGUGUACGAUUUGGAAUGGUGACCACCGAUACGGACGUAGCGGAGCUGCUGCAUUUGUUUCAGUCGGUCGGACAGAAGGAGGAAGAAAGUUGGAAGUUCAUUGACACAAUGGCCGAAGUAGUUAUUAAAGGAAUUGAAGCAGCCACCUUAGAUCUUCAGAAGGAAAGUGAAGACAAGCUAUGGCAAGAUGGGAUCUUAAGACAGGUUCCUGUUUUUGGUUCUCUGGUGAAUUGGUGGUCACCAUUGACGAAAGAUGGUGGAGCGGGAAUAAAGGGGAGGAGCUUAGAUUUGACUGCUGGUGUGGUUGCAUCUACUGAAAAUAUCUACAGAUAUCAUAUGCAGGGGUCAGCUGCCGGAGUGAAAGAACCGCCUCAGGUAGUAACGCCAGUCGCCGGUCACUCCAGGGCAUCCUCCAAUGCAUCGCAAUUAAGUAGUAAUACCGUCUCAAAUCCAGUUAGUCCUUAGUUAAAACUGAUUGACUUGUCUCUACUUCACUCAAUCAUUAAUAUUCUGUUGUUCUGGAGACAAGCAUCAUGUGUCUUCGGAACGAAUUCAUGAUGCCAGCUCAUCCAUCAUGUUGCAAGUGAUGACAUUUUGUGGUAUUAUAAGAUAGACAAAAAUAUAUUUCAGAAAACUUUAUCAACAGCUUGAUGAUUGAAUUUUCGCUAAAUACUUUUUGAAUUCAGUUCACCACUGAAAAAUGGUGAUUCAAGCCGAUUACAUUUUGUUGGCGAUUUCUAUUGAUAGUGCAAUACAUGGAUAUUAUUAUCGGUUAUAUUAAUUAUUUAUCAACGUUGAGUGUUUGCUAGUUGUAGCUUUAAUUUAUCAAACAUUAUUCAUUCAUCUAUUUAUUUUUUGAAUUCGUAUCACAGUAUAUUGUAGAAUAUAAGCAAUAGCAAAGGAGAAUUCAAAGUUCAAUACUUCUUAUAAUCAUAUUCCAUUUUUUUUCAUGCCUUGUUUUUUAUACAAAUAUUUUGACUUUCGACACUUCAUUCAAUGAGGUCAUGGGAUAUGAUGAGUACAUUGCUCAUAGAAAGUCCUCCAUGCAUAGAAAGUCUUCAUGGAAAGUUACUUUGCAGAGCAAAAAAGCAUUUUCAUUCUACCUAUUUGAAAACACUCAUUUGAAUCACUCACUCUUUCAAAUGUUUCAUUCUCUCCAGUUCUGAAUGGUGUUAGAAUAUAUCAUUUCUGCAUUACCUCUGUAAUUACAUUUAUUUUAACUUGACCGGCGAUAAGCCAGUUCAAUAUACCAGCAGAAAAUAGGUUCUUGAUACAUCAUUUAUUCCAAUUUAAAAUUUGCAGCCUUCUAAAUGGAAAUACAUGAAUUUUGGUAAUCAAUUUGCUUUAAGUAAAAUUCUCACAUUGCAAAAAUUUAGGUUUCACACGCACAUUAUUCGCACACGGUCACAAUUUACACUUCAAAUCUUGAUAAUUACACAAAUCAUUCAAGACAUGUCGAUUCCAACAAACUUAACGAUUCGCCAAUUGUUGAUUUGUUGAAUUAAUUUUUGUUAGCUAUCUCAUGAUUCAUAGCUAGAACCCUAUCAUACCGAAAAUUAUGACAAUAAAUUCUCUUCUUAUGAUCUCGUAUUUGAAAUUAUCUUUGUGAUCUUUUUAGUUUUAUUAUCAACUCUUUCACAGUAUUGCAAAAUAAUUUUCGUUUUGAUCAUAUUUAUAACUACAAAUUUAUCUAGAUACUAGAAUGCAAAGCAAUAAAACAAUGUUAGAUUUUAUUAUUAUAGGACGUUAAACUUGUUCAAAUCUAUAAGAGUGUUACAGUAUUGUUAACAUUUCUUGAUAAACAACUUUCUACAAAGUAAUCAAUUUUUGUAAAUUAGGAGUUUGUUCAUUCCCCUAUUAAAUCCUUGCACUCAAACAAACCUCAAUCAAAUAGAAAAAAUAUAUUGAAAUUUAUUGCAAUAAUUACAAAAAAUAGAAACUUUUAAAUUAUUAAUGUAAAAUUCUCAAUUAAACUGUGUCUUUUACAGUUUUUUCAUAUAGAUGCUUUAUAUAAUUAUUCUUGAAUCCUUUGUUUAAAUAUUUUCUAUCACUUUGUGAUUAUUAUUGAAUUUGAAUUAAAUAAAGCUCUUUAGUAGAGGUAAAUAAUUUCUACCUACUUUAGUAAACAAGUGAAUAAUAUUUAAAUAAUUCUAUAUUUUUAGAAUUAGUAUUUUCAAAAUUAAAGGAAAAAAUGGAAUCAUAAAUGUAAUAUUCUUGAUUAACUGUGUAUUUCACAGUUUUUAUAAUAAUAUGCUUUCUACACAUUUGAUUCCAUCGUUUACUUAUUUUCUAUCACCUUGUGAUUAUCAUUGAAUACAGCUUUAAAUGCACUAUGCAGAAAUAAUGGACGUUAUUCAUUAUGAAAACCUCUGAUUUUUAAAGAUGUAACAGUAAUAGUAUGAACGUUCAAAUUAAAAGCUUCAAAUGUUUGUAAGUUAAGUCUACUAUUUAUAGAUAAUUGAUACACUGUCAACAGAAAGCUAUUGCUAAUGACAAUUUAUACUAAUGUGCUAUUGCAGUAUUGGUAUUGUAUCUCUCCUCUACUAUUAUACUUUUCUCACCUAUUUUAAUUACUGUUAUUUAUUUAUGUUCAAUUUUUAAAAAUAAAUUACUAUCUACUAUAUACUUUUCUCACCUUGUUAUUAAUUUAUGUUCAGUUUUAAAAAAUAAAUUAAAUUCUUUAUUCCAUUUAAUCGUAUAAUAAAUUAUUGUAUUCUAGUUGUUAUAUUUACAUGCAUUUUUAUUUCACUCAGCUAAACCAAAGAUGCCUGUGAAAAUGCCUACUUAAGUGCAGUAGACUAUUAUUAGAGUACAGCAUUAAUGACGAAGUUGUUUAUAAAUAUUAUUUACUAAUAAAUUAUAAUAAAUGAAUCUUCAUAAAUGAGGAAACUGUAGAUAUUAAAUUAAAAUUUGAUGCUAA